AUGGAGUUAGUGUUGGAGUUUUCGGUUCAUAACCAGGUUGUAAUGUUUAUUGGAGAAGCAGAUCAAGUGGUGAACAACGCGCUUUUGGGGUUUUAUGUGGAUACUAGUUGCUUAGAUGAGGUCUUAAAGGUGUUUGAGGUAAUGCCUCAACGAAACGUGGUGUCUUGGAACACUUUAAUUGCUGGUUUAGCUGGACAAGAUAGACCAUCAGAGACGCUUGGUGCUUUUAGAGUUAUGCAGGGAGAAGGAAUGGGGUUCAGUUGGGUUACCCUUACAACUGCUUUGCCCGUGUGUGCUCAGCUUACUGCACUUCAUAGUGGGAAGGAUACUCAUGGAUUUGACAGAAUGCACAACAGGGAUUUGACAUCAUGGAAUACAAUGCUGGCUGGAUACUCAAUCAAUGGUCAAAUAAAUGAAGCCUGGGCUUUAUUUGAUGAAAUGAUAAGGUCUUCCAUCAAACCAGAUGGGAUUACUUUUGUUGUCUUGCUUUCGGGUUGUAGCCAUUCAGGACUCACCAGUCAGGGACAAAGACUGUUUAAUGCGAUGGAGGAUUAUGGGGAGCAACCAUCUUUAGAGCAUUAUGCUUGUCUGGUGGACAUAUUGGGUAGGUCAGGGAAACUUGAGGAGGCAUUAAAUGUGGCAGAGAACAUUCCAAUGAGACCAAGUGGCAGCAUUUGGGGGUCAUUGCUUAACUCGUGCCGACUUCAUGGAAAUGUUCCUCUAGCUGAAAUAGUUGCAAAGCGACUAUUUCAGAUUGAACCUAACAAUCCUGGAAAUUAUGUGAUGCUUUCAAAUAUAUAUGCAAAUGCAGGAAUGUGGGAAGAUGUGAAGAGAGUUAGGGAAAUGAUGGCAAUGACCAGAAUCAAGAAAGAUGUCGGGUGCAGUUGGAUACAAAUAAAACACAAGAUUCAUACAUUUGUGGCUGGAGGGAGCACUAAUUUUCGUCGUUCUGCUGAGUAUAUUAAAAUUUGGAACGAGUUGUCAAAUGCUAUUAAAGACUUGGGAUAUAUACCUAACACGAGUGUUGUUCUCCAUGAUGUAAAUGAAGAUAUGAAAGCAACAUGGGUUUGUGAGCACAGUGAGCGUCUUGCUGCGGUAGCUGCCCUCAUUAACACUGGCGCAGGAAUGCCAAUUAGGAUUACCAAGAAUCUUAGGGUAUGUGUUGAUUGUCAUUCUUGGAUGAAGGCUGUUUCAAAAGUGACAAAGAGACUAAUUGUAUUACGAGAUACAAACCGGUUCCACCAUUUUCAAAAUGGCACUUGUUCUUGUAAAGAUUAUUGGUAAACAAAACCAAGACGAAUAACUAUUUAAUACUAUCCAAUUCGAGCUUUUGG